AUGUGUGGUCACGUCUUCGUCAAGGGAUAUAGUCUUCACUGCCUUCUCUGUUCUCAUGCAAGUCUGCCAAGACUCCCACCACCUCGCCCAGAAUUCUAA